CUCUCUCCUUUCCUCUCUCUCUCUCCUUUCCUCCCCCCCUCUCUCUCUCCUUUCCUCUCUCCUGUAGCCAGUCAGUCUCUCCCGGUGCCCUGAUGCCGUGGUCCAGACCCCAGUCGGAGCUCCUCCCUCCCCCCCGGCCUGCAAAUAACAUGGAGAUAGAUGAUCAGCACUACGAAGGCUCUCUGUUCCCCACCUCCACCCUCAUCCCUGUUACCGUCAUCUGUAUCCUCCUCUUCCUGGUCGGCGUGUUGGGAAACAGCAUGACCAUCCUCAUCAUCCAGCGCUUCAAGGAUAUGAAGACCACCACUAACCUGUACCUCUCCUCAAUGGCUGUGUCCGACCUACUCAUCUUCCUCUGCCUGCCCUUUGACCUCUACCGUCUGUGGAAGUACGUCCCCUGGUUGUUUGGGGAGGUGGUGUGUCGUCUGUUUCACUACGUCAACGAGGGCUGUACGUACGCCACCAUCCUCCACAUCACCGCCCUCAGCAUGGAGCGAUACCUGGCCAUCUGUUUCCCCCUCAGAGCUAAAGUUGUGGUGACCAAACGCAGGGUGCAGUACAUCAUUGUGGCUCUAUGGACUUUUGCUCUGCUCUCUGCUGCCCCCAUGCUGUUUCUGGUAGGUGUGGAGUAUGACAACGACACACACCCGGACUACAGUACGAGACAGUGUAAACAUACCAACUAUGCCAUCAGGUCAGGGCAGCUGCACACAAUGAUCUGGGUCUCCACUACGUAUUUCUUCUGUCCCAUGUUCUGCCUGGUUUUCCUGUACGGCUCCAUUGGACGGACGCUGUGGAAGAGUAAGAACGACCUGCAGGGUCCCAACGCCAUGGCCCGGAAGAGGUCGCAUAGACAGACCGUCAAAAUACUGGUGAUGGUAGUCCUGGCGUUUGUGAUCUGUUGGCUACCCUAUCAUAUCGGCCGUAGCCUGUUUGCCCAGGUGGAUGACUACGAGGAGGCAAAACUGAGCCAGGACUUCAACAUAGGCUCCAUGGUCCUCUGUUACCUCAGCGCCUCCAUCAACCCUGUCCUCUACAACCUCAUGUCCAGGAAGUACCGCGCCGCCGCGCGCCGCCUCUUCCUGCUUAGACACGAGCCCCACCCCCGACGCUAUGGUAACAACAACCACCGACCAACCAGACAGAGACAGCUGUCCCUCAGAGAAGAAACCACCACACUGGACGAUACCAUGAUCGGAGUGUAGGAGGUUGGUAAGGACAGUGCCAUGACCUCUAACCUCCCCAGUUUGGAAAGAAGUGUCUGGUGCAGGAAAUGACAUCCAGUACAGUCACACUACAACACUAUGUAGUAUCCAGUACAGCCACACUACAACACUAUGUAGUAUCCAGUACAGUCACACUACAACACUAUGUAGUAUCCAGUACAGUCACACUACAACACUAUGUAGUAUCCAGUACAGUCACACUACAACACUAUGUAGUACCCAGUACAGCCACACUACAACACUUUGUAGUAUCCAGUACAGCCACACUACAACACUAUGUAGUACCCAGUAUAGCCACACUACAACACUAUGUAGUAUCCAGUACAGACCCUGCUGUCAUCCUGGUUAUAAACAGGAGAGAUAUUGGGAGAUGAGAUGGGAGGGACGAAGCCAUAUUUAAGAGAGAGGUGUUUUAUAAAGGGAACCUGGGCUUUUGUCUCGUAGUUGCAGGUGAAGGAAAGGGGAUCUGGAUUGCAGUAGAUUCACAGCAGCUGGGUUUGUCUCGACUGUUAUUCUACGUGAAAUGUUUGAAUAUUCAUGUGUAUUUGGGACGUGAUGAGCUGAUGUUGAGAUGGUUCAUUAGUUUGACCUAAAUGGACUAAUUCAUGUUUAGUCUCACGCCUCAUUAUCCUGUUUACACAGAUAAGACUGCCAAGUUAACGAAAUCUCAAUUUUGUCUGUUUAAAUGCUGAGUGAUGUGUUAAGUUUGUAGAGGACUGUGUAGAGGACUGUGUAGAGGACUGUGUGUAGAGGACUGUGCUGUGUGUAGA